AUGGCGCAGAACGUCCCCAAGACCACCAAGCAGUGGACCGUCACCUCCCAGGACGGCAAGGACGGCUUCAAUGCCCUCAAGUUCUCCGAGGAGCAGCUCUCAGAGCUCGGCGACAGCCAGGUCCUGGUGAAGCUCCAUGCCGCAUCGCUCAAUUACCGUGACUUGAUCAUUCCUUUGGGCAAAUACCCGUUCGCGACCGUGCCGAAUGUGGUCCCCGGCUCCGACGGCGCCGGCACCGUGGUCUCGGUCGGCAAGCACGUCACCCGCUUCAAGCCCGGCGACAAGGUCGUGACGCUGUUCAAUCAGGCGCACAUCGGCGGGCCUCUCGACGCCGCCGGGGCCUCUUCCGGACUCGGCGGGGCCAUCCAUGGCACUCUCCGAUCUUUCGGCGCCUUCAGCGAGCAGGGGCUCGUGCAUAUGCCGUCCAACAUCUCGUUUGAGGAGGCAUCCACGCUUCCCUGCGCGGCCCUCACCGCGUGGAACGCGCUCUACGGACUCUCCGACAACCAAGUCACGGCUGGGCAGUGGGUGCUCACGCAGGGCACCGGCGGCGUGUCCAUCUUCGCUCUGCAGUUCGCCAAGGCUGCGGGGGCGCGUGUCAUCGCCACGACGGGCUCCGAUGACAAGGUAGAGACGCUGCGCAAGCUUGGCGCGGACCACAUCAUCAACUACAAGACGAACCCGGAGUGGGGCGCCGAGGCCAAGAAGAUUACGGGCGGUCGCGGCGUUGACCACGUCGUCGAGGUCGCCGGCCCCAGGUCCAUGGCCCAGAGCCUCAACGCCAUCAAGAUCUCGGGCGUCAUCACAAUCAUCGGCUUCGUCGGUGGCUUCACAAAGGAUCAGCCCGGCUUCAUCGACUGCCUGAACCACCUGUGCACGGCGCGCGGAAUCCUCGUCGGCUCGAGGACCCAGAUGGAGGACAUGUGCCGCGCCAUCGAGGCGAACCCGGACAAGCUGCGUCCCGUGGUGGACAAGAAGACGUUUAAGCUGGAGAACCUGAAGGAGGCCUACGAGUACCAGUGGAGUGGACAGCACUUUGGCAAGGUGGUCGUGGAGAUUGCAUGA